AUGAUAGAAAAAGGAAUGGUAGGCAGCAGAUCCCAGAUAUCCCACCUGAUGGAAGAUGUCAAGUUGGGCCUCAGUCCCCAGAAAUCCAGAAUGACAGAAGACAGCAGAUCCCAGGACCAAGGGAUGAUGGCAGAAGGCAACAUAGGGAGCAGACUCCAGAUGUCUCAGAUGAUAGAAGACGCCAGGUUAGGCCUCAGUAUCCAGAAAUCCAGAAUGACAGAAGACAGCAGAUCCCAGUACCAAGGGAUGAUGGGAGAAGGCAACAUAGGGAACAGACUCCAGAAGUCUCAGAUGACAGAAGACGCCAAGUUAGGCCUCAGUCUCCAGAAAUCCAGAAUGACAGAAGACAGCAGAUCCCAGUACCAAGGGAUGAUGGCAGAAGGCAACAUAGGGAGCAGACUCCAGAAGUCUCAGAUGAUAGAAGACGCCAGGUUAGGCCUCAGUCUCCAGAAAUCCAGAAUGACAGGAGACAGCAGACCCCAGUUCCAAGGGAUGAUGGGGAGAAGGCAACAUAGGGAACAGACUCCAGAAGUCUCAGAUGACAGAAGACGCCAAGUUAGGCCUCAGUCUCCAGAAAUCCAGAAUGACAGAAGACAGCAGAUCCCAGUACCAAGGGAUGAUGGCAGAAGGCAACAUAGGGAGCAGACUCCAGAAGUCUCAGAUGAUAGAAGACGCCAGGUUGGACCUCUGUCCCCAGAAAUCCAGAAUGACAGAAGGCAGCAGACCCCAGUUCCAAGGGAUUAUGGGAGAAGGCAACAUAGGGAGCAGACUCCAGAAGUCUCAGAUGACAGAAGACACCAGGUUAGGCCUCAGUCCCCAGAAAUCGAGAAUGACAGGAGACAGCAGGUCCCAAUACGAAGGGAUGAUGGGAGAAGGCAACAUAGGGAGCAGACUCCAGAAGACUCAGAUGAUAGAAGAUGUCAGGUUAGACCUCAGUCCCCAGAAAUCCAAAAUGACAGAAGACAGCAGAUCCCAGUACCAAGGGAUGAUGGCAGAAGGCAACAUAGGGAGCAUACUCCAGAAGUCUCAGAUGACAGAAGACGCCAGGUUAAGCCUCAGUCCCCAGAAAUCCAGAAUGACAGGAGACAGCAGACCCCAGUUCCAAGGGAUGAUGAGAGAAGGCAACAUAGGGAGCAGAUCUCAGAAAUCUCAGAUGAUAGAAGAUGCCAGGUUGGACCUCUGUCCCCAGAAAUCCAGAAUGAAAGAAGACAGCAGAUCCCAGUUCCAAGGGAUGAAAGAAGGAGCCAACAUAGGCAGCAGAUCUCAGAAAUCUCAGAUGAUAGAAGACACCAGGUGAGACCUCUGUCCCCAGAAAUCGAGAAUGACAGAAGACAGCAGAUCCCAGUUCCAAGGGAUGAUGGGAAAUACCAAGUUCAAGAGCAACCUUCAGUUCCAAGGGAUGAAAGAAGGAGCCAACAUAGGCAGCAGAUCUCAGAAAUCUCAGAUGAUAGAAGACGCCAGGUGAGACCUUUGUCCCCAGAAAUCCAGAAUGACAGAAGGCAGCAGAUCCCAGUUCCAAGGGAUGAUGAGAGAAGGCAACAUAGGGAGCAGUCUCCAGAAGUCUCAGAUGAUAGAAGACGCCAGGUUAGGCCUCAGUCUCCAGAAAUCGAGAAUGACAGGAGACGGCAGACCCCAGUUCCAAGAGAUGAUGGGAGAUACCAAGUUCAAGAGCAACCUUCAGUUCCCAGGGAUGAAAGAAGGAGCCAACAUAGGCAGCAGAUCUCAGAAAUCUCAGAUGAUAGAAGACGCCAGGUGAGACCUCUGUCCCCAGAAAUCCAGAUUGACAGAAGGCAUCAGAUCCCAGUUCCAAGGGAUGAUGAGAGAAGGCAACAUAGGGAGCAGACUCCAGAAGUCUCAGAUGAUAGAAGACGCCAGGUUAGGCCUCAGUCUCCAGAAAUCGAGAAUGACAGGAGACGGCAGACCCCAGUUCCAAGAGAUGAUGGGAGAUACCAAGUUCAAGAGCAACCUUCAGUUCCAAGGGAUGAAAGAAGGAGCCAACAUAGGCAGCAGAUCUCAGAAAUCUCAGAUGAUAGAAGACGCCAGGUGAGACCUCUGUCCCCAGAAAUCCAGAUUGACAGAAGGCAGCAGAUCCCAGUUCCAAGGGAUGAUGAGAGAAGGCAACAUAGGGAGCAGACUCCAGAAGUCUCAAAUGACGGAAGACGCCAGGUUAGGCCUCAGUCUCCAGAAAUCGAGAAUGACAGGAGACGGCAGACCCCAGUUCCAAGAGAUGAUGGGAGAUACCAAGUUCAAGAGCAACCUUCAGUUCCAAGGGAUGAAAGAAGGAGCCAACAUAGGCAGCAGAUCUCAGAAAUCUCAGAUGAUAGAAGACGCCAGGUGAGACCUCUGUCCCCAGAAAUCCAGAAUGACAGAAGGCAGCAGAUCCCAGUUCCAAGGGAUGAUGAGAGAAGGCAACAUAGGGAGCAGACUCCAGAAGUCUCAGAUGAUAGAAGACGCCAGGUUAGGCCUCAGUCUCCAGAAAUCGAGAAUGACAGGAGACGGCAGACCCCAGUUCCAAGAGAUGAUGGGAGAUACCAAGUUCAAGAGCAACCUUCAGUUCCAAGGGAUGAAAGAAGGAGCCAACAUAGGCAGCAGAUCUCAGAAAUCUCAGAUGAUAGAAGACGCCAGGUGAGACCUCUGUCCCCAGAAAUCCAGAAUGACAGAAGGCAGCAGAUCCCAGUUCCAAGGGAUGAUGAGAGAAGGCAACAUAGGGAGCAGACUCCAGAAGUCUCAAAUGACGGAAGACGCCAGGUUAAGCCUCAGUCCCCAGAAAUCCAGAAUGACAGAAGGCGUCAGAUCCCAGUUCCAAGGGAUGAUGAGAGAAGGCAACAUAGGGAGCAGACUCCAGAAGUCUCAGAUGAUAGAAGACGCCAGGUUAGGCCUCAGUCUCCAGAAAUCGAGAAUGACAGGAGACGGCAGACCCCAGUUCCAAGAGAUGAUGGGAGAUACCAAGUUCAAGAGCAACCUUCAGUUCCAAGGGAUGAAAGAAGGAGCCAACAUAGGCAGCAGAUCUCAGAAAUCUCAGAUGAUAGAAGACGCCAGGUGAGACCUCUGUCCCCAGAAAUCCAGAAUGACAGAAGGCGUCAGAUCCCAGUUCCAAGGGAUGAUGAGAGAAGGCAACAUAGGGAGCAGACUCCAGAAGUCUCAGAUGAUAGAAGACGCCAGGUUAGGCCUCAGUCUCCAGAAAUCGAGAAUGACAGGAGACGGCAGACCCCAGUUCCAAGAGAUGAUGGGAGAUACCAAGUUCAAGAGCAACCUUCAGUUCCAAGGGAUGAAAGAAGGAGCCAACAUAGGCAGCAGAUCUCAGAAAUCUCAGAUGAUAGAAGACGCCAGGUGAGACCUCUGUCCCCAGAAAUCCAGAAUGACAGAAGGCAGCAGAUCCCAGUUCCAAGGGAUGAUGAGAGAAGGCAACAUAGGGAGCAGACUCCAGAAGUCUCAAAUGACGGAAGACGCCAGGUUAAGCCUCAGUCCCCAGAAAUCCAGAAUGACAGAAGGCGUCAGAUCCCAGUUCCAAGGGAUGAUGAGAGAAGGCAACAUAGGGAGCAGACUCCAGAAGUCUCAGAUGAUAGAAGACGCCAGGUUAGGCCUCAGUCUCCAGAAAUCGAGAAUGACAGGAGACGGCAGACUCCAGUUCCAAGAGAUGAUGGGAGAUACCAAGUUCAAGAGCAACCUUCAGUUCCAAGGGAUGAAAGAAGGAGCCAACAUAGGCAGCAGAUCUCAGAAAUCUCAGAUGAUAGAAGACGCCAGGUGAGACCUCUGUCCCCAGAAAUCCAGAAUGACAGAAGGCAGCAGAUCCCAGUACCAAGGGAUGAUGGGAGAAGGCAACAUAGGGAGCAGUCUCCAGAAGUCUCAGAUGAUAGAAGACACCAGGUUAGGCCUCAGUCUCCAGAAAUCCAGAAUGACAGGAGACAGCAGACACCAAUGCCAAGAGAUGAUGGGAGAUGCCAACUUAGACAACAGACCUCAGUUCCAAGAGAUGAUAGACGAAGUCAGCAUGAGCACUUGACCCCAGAAAUCUCACAUGAUGGGAGACACCAAAUUAGGCCUCUGUCUCCAGAAAUCCAAAAUGAUAGAAGAGAACAGACUCUAGAACUCCAAGAUGAUGGGAAAUACCAACAAACUUCAGAAUUCCUGAGCAACAGAAGACACCAAGCAAGAAGCCAAAAUCCUAGAACAGAAGUCAAUGACAGUUUCCAGGUAAGACCCACUGUCCUAAUACCAAAGUUUCAGGAUGUUAGGAAACCUAGUACUAAUGAAGACAUUCUCAUACCAAGGGAUGGGAUCAGAAAUCAUGUGCGAAAUCCAACCCUAACUCUGAGAAAGGAUGGGAGGUGUCAGAGCUCUGAAAAUGGAGGUGAUAAGACACACUUUUUAAGCAAUGAUGAAAGAAAUUCUCAGAGAGAUUUGUCUCAGAGAUUUCAUGAUGAUGAUCAGGAACAACUAGAUGAGGGACCUAAUCAUUGGGAUUCCCCAAAGCAGGAACAGACAUCACAGAUUGCUGAGCAUAGAUACCCCAACACCCAGGGAUCACUGGUGGAGACAAAGGGUAGUCCAAUAUAUUGUGAUGUGUAUUUUUUGACGAAGCAAAAAGGCAACUGGCUAUGCUAUUGUAUUCCUGAUCCAUCAGAACAAAAAGAUGAAGGAAGCACACAAAAUAAUGCAUAUCACACAGCCUUUGAUGAUGAUCAACAUGGCAGGCAGAGAAGAGACUGGGAGUCUGGUAUUGAAGACCAUUAUCACUCUCAUGAUUGGCAAUCAGAUGGCUAUUAUCCUGAUGAGGAGCAAUAUUGGAGACGGGAAGCAGUUGAAAGGAAUGAUGGAGACUAUUCAAUUCAGGGGUGGGUAGAAAGAGAGGACAACCCAAAUCAAUACAAAGAACAAGACUGGGAAGAAAAUCCUAAUGAUGAGACUUACUGUCUCAAUCCCAGUCUUGUCUGGAAAUCAGGUCACCAGCACCACUCUCUAGGCUGGACCCAGAAAGUCCAUGAGUUCCAGAAGAAUCUCAGGAACCCAGAUGAUUCUCCAUUCUUUGAAGAUGACUUCUAA